AUGCUCGCUUCGCACGAUGCAAUGUAUGCACAUGGGAAACGGCCACGGAAUGGGGUGCAUGCCCUGAAGGGGCUCACGGGCCUUUGGAUUGCACUGAACACGGACACCUGCAAACUGGAAACAGACCAUACGCUACUCCCCGCUGGCGCUAUGUAUUCGACGAGGAAGCCUUAUCGCGCUGGGGAGGCACAUCGCCUAUUUUUACCGACUCGGAUUCUGACUAAUACAACAAGAAAACCAUCCAUCUCUUCAACUUAUGAUCUAAACUCCAAUCUCAUCGACCAGCCCGGAUCACACCCGCAAACCAAUUCAAGACCAGAGUGA